UCAUGAGCAAGGAGAUUCGUGUCUUGGCAGAGCGUUCCAUUCAGCGUAAGUAACGAGUUCUUUCGCACUUGAUGGAUUGUCAGAGGAUUGCACAGCCAUCGCCAUGCGUACCAGAGGCAGGAGCGUAAUUUUCGUUUGGAGCUAUUCCAAUCAAUGCGGGAGAUUUGUAGUAGAGAUUUGGAGAAAUUUGGAAGUUUCACUGGCACUUCUCAUGGGAGCAGUGGAGACUUCUUCGCGGCAACUUUGGUUGUGGUAUUAAGAAAUAUUUGUCCACGAUUGCCAUGUUCUCAUCUCAUGUUCUUCUCAUGUUCUCACAGUCUAGUCGUGUUUGUUGAUGUUUCAACCUCCAACCAAGAGGACAAAAGGAAAUCUUUCCAGUGGCAUUUUGGUGGAUCUAUUUCUGUGGGAAUUUUUUGUGGAGCUUUUCGAGGGAGUGACGCCCACUCACAUGCCUCACCGACUUUAUCUUUGGUUGGGUGUCUGCCGGUACGUACAAGCAAUCCACCAAAACACCAUCGAGAAGAAGCUCGCCAGAGUGAUUGAUUGAUUGGAUUGGAUGCAUCGAAUCACUGGAUCGAUUUCAAAGCAGAGGAAAAAGAGGCCUUGCACUCCUUCAAUCCGUGGCGGAGCUCCAUAGCCUUACAAACAAAGUGGUGAUAUCGUUCGUAGUAGUGGCAGUAGUGCUGGUGGUGGUGGUGGAAGAACAACGCAGCUGCCGCUGAGUCGAAAGCAUGAUUUGAUUGGUUUCAAGAAACAAGCUGGAGUGGAAUGUGGGGCAGCGAGGAGCGGCGGGAGCGCACGCACACCGAGUAUAAAGGAAAGCUCUCACUAUCUUCCUCCACAUAAACGAUCACUCCCAGAGGUCUAGGCCUAAAAUCCCUCCUUUUCUUGAGUAAGCAAGCCAGGAGAAGCGCUGGUCGCAGCCAUGAUUCAUCCAGAUUCCGCGGUUUUUCUUCUCAAUCAUUCAAUCAAAGCUCCGUUGGGUCUUUUCUUUCUUCCAUAGUGUAGAGUCUUUGUUCUACGGCGUUUGGUCACGAGCAUCCUAUUCGUGUCGGUGUCGCCAAGCAGAUAGUCGCAGGGCAAGGGAGCUGUGAGUGACGCACUGCCUCCACUGCCACAGGCGUGCGGCGUGCCUAUAAAAAUCUCUCUUUUCCCUCUCUUCUCCUGUGGUGUGAUUUUCUGUGCUGUGCUUGCCAGUACAGGAUCGCCAGCUAGGUCGAGCUCUCUAGAGUCUAGACCCUCUUCCUCUCUCUCUCUCUCUCUCUCUCUCUCUCUCCAAGAAAACUCGCUCGCCCAUAUCGCAUUGUCUGUGAUCGAUGGCAGCCUCUUGGAGUAGGAUGCUUGUCGCACUCUCUCUUCUACUCCUGGUGCUUUCUUCUUGCAAUGCCGGCACCGCGAGAGCUUCUUCUUCUCGUUCUUCUUCUUCUUCUUCUUCUUCUUCUGGAGAUGGAGAUGGACGCAAGGUGUACAUUGUCUACAUGGGUCAUAGAAUUCACGACGAUCCUCAGGUGACCUGCGAUCACAACCAUCAAGUCUUGUCAUCCGUUUUUCAAAACGGCUAUGAUCAAGCCAAGGAGUCCAUGGUGUACAGCUACAAGCACGGGUUUAGAGGCUUCUCAGCAAGGCUGUCUCAAGAACAGGCCUUCGAUCUGUCAAAAAAGGAUGGCGUUGUGGCGGUGUUUCCCAGCAUGCCGCGGCAGCUUCACACGACACACUCGUGGGAGUUUCUGGGCUUGCAACAAUCGCAAGGCCUCAAGCACGAAGCCAGGAGCCUUCCUCACAGCUCCAAGCAGCAAUCCAAUGUCAUUGUCGGUGUUCUUGACACUGGAAUCUGGCCAGAGUCUUCGAGCUUUAGCGACAGUCUGAUGCCUCCGGUUCCAUCACGCUGGAAAGGCGAGUGUGAAGCUGGCGAGCUGUUCAAUGCUUCACACUGUAACAGAAAGCUUGUGGGAGCGAGAUACUACCUGCGGGGCCUGGCGUCUGAGAUGGGAGGUCCAUUAGCGUCAGCAAAAGAUGGUGGCCUCGACUAUAUCUCUCCGCGAGAUGCGAGCGGGCAUGGAACUCACACGGCGUCCACCGUCACUGGAAGAUACGUUACCGACGCAAGUUUCUUUGGACUCGGCAAAGGCAGCGCUGUUGGUGGAGCUCCUCGAGCUCGGCUCGCCGUCUACAAAGUUUGCUGGUCGAGUGGCUGCUUCGAUGCCGAUAUCUUGGCCGCAUUUGAUGAUGCGAUCAAGGAUGGCGUUGAUGUUAUGACUCUCUCGCUGGGGCCGGAUCCUCCACAGACGGAUUUCUUCAAGGAUGCCAUCUCCAUCGGCUCGUUCCAUGCGCUUCAAAAGGGAAUUGUGGUGACUUGUUCAGCUGGAAACAAUGGAGACACCAACACUGGAAGUGCUACCAACAUUGCUCCUUGGAUCAUCACGGUGGCUGCGAGUUCUAUGGAUCGGGAGUUCGUUUCCGAGGUUGUGCUUGGCAACAAAAUCGUGUUUAAGGGUGCUUCUCUCGCAACUUCACGCAUGGGAGGCUCCUUUGCUCCACUCAUCCUUGCUUCAAGCGCCAACAGGAAGAACUCAACCAAAGCUCAAGCAAGGGAUUGCUCCAGUGGCUCGCUGGAUCCAUCUAAGGUGAAGAACAGCAUCGUCGUUUGCAUGCAUCCUCAAGACUCCCUGGACACAAAGGUUGGCAAGAGCGAACUUGUGCUUUCGGCGGGUAGCAAGGGGAUGAUCCUUAUCGAUCAAGCCGACUCCGGCCUUGCAGUCCCCUUUGCUCUCCCAGCAACGCUCCUUGGCCCGAAAGAUGGAGCAGCAAUCCUCUCAUACAUCAACUCCACAAAGACACCCGUAGCACGAAUCAAUCCCACUGCAACAGUACUGGGAUCCAGACCCGCUCCACAGAUCGCGAGCUUCUCAUCUCGGGGUCCCAACUCGGUCACCCCUGACGUGCUCAAGCCCGAUAUUGCUGCUCCCGGAUUAAACAUCCUCGCGGCAUGGUCUCCCGGAAGCAAGCGAAUGCCAGGAAAGUUUAACAUCAUCUCCGGAACUUCCAUGGCUUGUCCUCACGUCGCUGGCGUGGUUGCGCUGCUCAAAGCCGCGCAUCCAUCCUGGAGCCCAGCAGCUCUCAAGUCGGCCAUCAUGACAACAGCUCUCACGGAAGACAACACUCGAUCGCCAAUCCUCACACUGCCUCACGGAAAGGUGGCCAACGCUUUCGACUAUGGAAGCGGUCACGUAAAUCCCCGCAGAGCUGCCAAUCCGGGCCUUGUUUACGACGCUGGCCCCGGCGAGUUCAUGGCUUACCUCUGUAGCUCCGGCUAUGACACCAAACUCCUCCAAAAGGUAACGGGCGACAAGAGCAUCUGUCCAUCGUCCCAGUCCGCUCGCCGCCCCAUCUCAAACCUCAACUAUCCAGCCAUCGUCGUCUCCCGGCUGGGCGGAGGCGUCGCCGCCACCGCCGCGUCCCAGAACAAAACCACCGCCGCCACGGUCAUUGUUUCCAGGAGUGUCACCUACGUUGGAGCCUCUCCGGCGAGGAAGAACUCCGACUACUCCGCCUCUACCGCCGUUACCACACCUACAGUGUUCAAGGCGAGCGUGGUGGCGCCGCCAGGGAUACGCGUGAGAGUGGUACCGGACGAGCUGAGAUUCAGCUCCUACAUGGAGAGACGAGCGUUCAACGUAGAGUUGACCUCUGUUGACCACACGAAUGGGCGUUUUGUUUUUGGCUGGUUGACGUGGUCCAAUGGAAGGCAACGAGUUAGAAGCCCUUUAGCGGUCAAAACAUAGCACCCACAACACACAUACACACAUUCUUUCAAGGCAAUACAAAGAGAACGAGCUAGGGUUUUUGGCAAGCUCUAGAGAGAAUGAAGCGAUUCUGGCGCACGAUCGCCGGUGGUGGCAGCAGGAUUCCUACGAUCAAUCCUCUCUCCUGCCGGAUUCGUUACGAAUGGCGCACCAAAGGGAUCGACAGCGUUGGCGACAAGCAUGAGUUCUCUUGCAGCAGCCGGAUUCCAGCAGUAGCAAUGCUAGCAGCAGGGAAUUGUUACACGCGAUGCUCGCCAAGCAUCACACGAUGCAUGCCAGAUGCCAGCACCAAGAACAGCAUGACAAUGUAGGGCGGUGGACUCUUCUCAAGGAUUGUCAGCUGGAAACUCUGAGGCGAUUGGGAUCCAUCGGUAGUUUCUUGCAAGGGACUUGUGUGAAUGGAGCAGGGAAUUUCUUGGUGGA